AUGUCAUUGCCUUGCGGAUACGGUUUCCCUUCGUAUCCGUGUUGUCUUAUGUCGGAAGUACUUAAGUCUCCAACUUUAAAUCGUUGUCAAACAUAUAAUUCUGUCAUCUCUCAAUCGAAUAGUGAUGUUAAUAACAGGCCUAGUUUAUUUACUAUCGACAGCAUAUUAGGAAGAUCUUCACCACCCGUUAUAGCACCACCUCCCGUUCCUCAACAUCCAUCUUUCCAUUCGGUCUGGAGUCCGGUUUUGCCAUUACAUUUUCAUUAUCCCGCCGCAGAUUUUUAUGGUUCUCCUCAGCCGUUGUUACCACAUUACGUUGCAUCUCAGUCGUCGUUGCUGGGUGCAACGGCUCAGGGGCAAAGAAGAAAAAGAAGACAUAGAACCAUCUUCACAGAAGAACAAUUAGAACAGUUAGAAGCUGCAUUCGACAAAACUCAUUAUCCCGAUGUUCUGUUAAGAGAAGAAUUAGCUCUUCGAGUUGAUCUGAAAGAGGAAAGAGUUGAGGUUUGGUUCAAAAAUAGAAGGGCCAAAUGGAGAAAACAACAAAGAGAAGAACAGGAGCGUCAACGUCACCUUCAAGAAGAUUCUCUAAGACGAGAUUGCGACGGACACGUAGCUUUAACAUGGAACGACACAACCAUAAAUAACUGUCUAAGGCUAGAAGACGGGAAAUCUAAUUCGGCGUCACAAAAAUGA